GUACCCCCCCAGUGCCUGCCAAUGAGACAAUCUCUGAAACUCGUGGAAAUACUUUACAAAUUUCCAUUCCUCCUUCCCCUCCACUGCCUCAAGUGUUUGAAUGGAAGAGAAGAGAAAGUUUCUUCAGUAUAGCUUUUAGUGAAAAAAAAUUGACUUCAGCAGGAGCUCAUGUCUAAUGCGAGACCUCACUCUAGGAGGUUGUAGAAUCUCUGCUGUGUAGUAUGUAUGUGCUACACCACAGAAGAAAGCUGAAGAGAAUCUGUAUUUGGCUUGGUACAUUCUGCUUGCAAUAGGCAGUUUGUUGUUCAGAAAGCUAUGAGAGACCCAGUAGCUCCAGGAUAUAAAUGUGAGAAGCCAGGGACAGAGCAAGAUGAAGUUAAGCUGCAGAACGCCAGCAAGCAGAUUGUGCAAACUGCUAUCCUCCGAGCAGUGCAGCAAGUUUCCCACGAGAGCCAGCAGAAGGAGAAGAGAACAAACAGCAGUACAAGCCUCCAGCUAGAAAGAGGAAAAUUAACCAAGAAGCAUGAAAAGAAGUAAAGGAGAAGAUUGUUUUUUUCAGUCCUCCAGUCUGCAUAUUUUCAGCCUUCUCUUUAGUAUCAGCUGUACUGCUAGUGCAAUGUUACUGUCGUAAAGUAAACCAAAGUAUAAUCACACCUAGACAUAGGGUAAAGCUGCAGUAGUCCUCAGCUGAGAAAUAUUAAGUGCAUUAGAUGACUAAAUCUAUAUUUAUGCAGUGCCUCUUAACAGAAACAAUAACCAUAGCUAUAAAAGUAGUUCCAAGCACAAGCUUUUAUGAUAUGGACUUAUUCUGAAAAGCUUGUUGUCAGUGCACUUUCAUGUAAUUUCUGCGUGCAAUGUUUAUGUCAGUUCAGCUGGAUGGACUCCCACAAACUGGGGAGUUACUGGGUUCACUGAAGCUGUCUUCACUGAAGAAAUAGCAGAAUGCUUUCAGGCUGCUUUGAAGCACGAGUUUGUACUUUGCUUUGAUUAAACAUGAACUAUGCUCGAAUGGCAGUAUAAAGUAGAUUUGGUAAGUUCCGUGAACCAAUUUUUUUCUUCAUCUUGGGAUGGGGGGAAAAGCAAUCCAGUAAGACUGUGGUGACUGUGAUUUAUGACUGUGAUUAUAGAUCUAUGGUCUAUGUCUUUUUUUAAAGAAGUUAAAAGAAGUACUGAAGUUUUAGCCUACUCAUUUGAAAUACUUUUUACUUCUGCAUAAAAGUCACUUGUGCCUCAACUAUUCCUUUCAAUUUUCUUGAUACUAAGAGAAGAGAAACUGAUGUGCUAAUAUGGAAUUCGCCAACUUUUCCUUCAGUUUUGAACUUUGAUGGGGCUUGAUUUACAGAAAGUUAAGACUGGAGUGGCUUAAAAAUAGGGUUUGGAUUUAUUACUGUCUUAAAGGAUGGAAAUACACUGUGUCUGAAUUCUGUCAUGGUAGAUAUUUCUCACCUGCUGGGCAUAAAGUGACUUCAGAUAUCUACAGUUGUUACAUAGAUUCACUUUAAAUAGCACUGUGUUAAGCUGGUAAUACAGAACUUAUCCUCUAACUGCUCUAUAUUGCUGAAGAAAUCCAUGAUUUUUCUGAAGAUAGAAAUUAAAUACAUGUAGCUUUAACUUUUAUGCUCCCUUACUGUAAUGAUGAUUGCACUAUUAACAUCUGAAAUAAGUAACAGUAUAUUUAAUUCUGGAAUAGCUUGUAUCUCUGCUUCAACUGAAUUAUUGUAGUUAUACACCUAGAAAUACAGAGAAGCAGAUACACAGGAUCUGCAAAGGAGACAAACUUUUGUAAUUGCUUUUCUACUCAGUUAGAUGAUUCUCAAAGAAACUGAUUUAAGUAAUUGGUUAUAACUUGCUGUGUCCUACUGCUUGUGUUAAACAAUUUCAGGAUUCUUUCUCAUGGCUGGAGGCUUAGUCAUGAAUAGCCACAUUCUGUAAUAUUAAGUCUUUGAAAACUGCUUGGUUCCUUUUUCUUUUUUUUUUUUUUUUUUAUUUGUAAUUUAACAGCAUUGACUAUAACAGAAGAUGAUUUGGCUCAAUCUUCUUGUGCUUAAAAGUGCAAAGAAGAAUUCAACAUGAUUAAAGUUUGUCUGAAUCCUCUGAUAAUGGAAACUGACUGAGAUUGCAAGUA